AUCACGAUGCCUGAAGUCAACACAGAUCACCUGGAUGAACAGCAGGUGCAGCUCUUGGCAGAGAUGUGCAUCCUUAUUGAUGAAAAUGACAACAAGAUUGGAGCAGAUACCAAGAAAAACUGUCACCUGAAUGAAAACAUUGAUAAAGGUUUACUGCACCGAGCUUUCAGCGUUUUCCUGUUUAAUACAGAAAAUAAAUUGUUGCUGCAGCAGAGGUCAAAUGCAAAAAUUACCUUUCCAGAUUGUUUUACCAACACUUGUUGCAGUCAUCCUCUAAGCCAUCCACUAGAACUGGAAGAAAACAAUGCCAUGGGUGUUCGGAGAGCAGCGCAGAGGCGACUGAAAGCAGAGUUAGGAAUUCCUGUGGAGCAGGUACCUCCAGAAGACAUCUCCUAUUUGACACGAAUUCACUACAAGGCCAAGUCUGAUGGGAUCUGGGGUGAACACGAGAUAGACUACAUCUUAUUUGUACAGAAGGAUGUGACGCUGAACCCUGACCCCAACGAGAUCCAAAGCUACUGCUACGUGACCCAGAAGGAACUGAAGCAGCUCUUGGACAAAGCCUCCAAGAAUGAAGUGAAGAUUACCCCGUGGUUUAAGCUAAUUGCAGAGACCUUUCUUUUUAAGUGGUGGGAUAACUUGGCUAACCUGAACAAAUUUGUUGACCAUGAGAAAAUACACAGGCUGUAA